AUGUGGCGUAGGUGGGGUGCCCUGGUCGGUGUUGUCGCCGGCAUCUCGGGUGUGGUGUUGGCUUCACGUGUGUGGAGGUCACGCCGUGGCGCUAACCCCCCGGAUGCUGCCUUUGCCGCCAAGUACGCCGCAGUUCUGGGGACGCAGAAGGAACUCUCCGGCGAACAGCCCGUCAAAGACGCCAGAGUAAUGGUCUUCUACGGGAGUACUUCUGGCAGCGCCGAGGCCUACGCCAAAGGCCUUGUGACGGAUCUGAAGGGGCGCGGUGUUGCGGCCGCACUUGUGGACCCCUCCUGUUGGGAUUACCUCGACCAGUACAAGCUGCAGCGCCGCCAUCAACAGCGCCUUUUUACCUCGGGCACGGAGGGGAACCCGCCCAUUCUUGUGUUUGUUGUCGCAACGACGGGGGAGGGCGAAAUACCCGUGAACUUUUUUCGCCUCUACGCUGAAAUGCAGGCGGCCUUGGAGGCGGCAGCCGAGAGCGGGACAAAAGCGUUUGAUGGUUUAAUGUACGCCGUAUUUGCCCUGGGCGACAGUUCCUACAAGUACUACUGUCGAGGAGGCGUUGAGGUGAGGCUGCUCUUGAAGGCGGGUGGUGGAACGGAGAUGUUGCCUGCUGGCUUUGGGGACGCGCGUAACCCGCUGCAGGACGACGUCUUUGACGCAUGGCAAGAAACCCUCAUGGAGGCGUUGGAGGAGCAAUGCGGAGUGGCAUUGGCGGCUGGCUCGGAUGUCCCGCCCGAGCCACAGUUAGUAUUUCGUUUUACGCCUGAUAAGCCCACCAGUGCGUUGCCGUAUCCGCCCCCACCGUCCCUGCUGGAACCGUCGAUGCAGUAUCCGGCGCAGUUUAAAGUGGAGGCAAAGACGCCACGUACCGCGCGGCGUGAGGAUGGCUCUUACGUCCUGCACUUGGUUUUAAAUAUUGCGGGAUACACGACGAGUUAUCAGGCCGGCGAUCAUCUGGGCAUCUACCCGGUCAAUCCACCCGCGGUGGUGGAGGCGUAUCGACGACAGUUGAAGAUAACUGAGGAAGCCUGGGCAACGCCGGUAGAGCUCUGCACGGCUGCCAACGCACGCGCGCGGGCCUCGUUAAAAAACUCGUUUCCUGCACGUGUUGCCUUGCGCACCGUGUUUGAGCGCUACUUGGACUUGUGUGGAAGGCCCCGUAAGUCGCUGCUGCGAGUGUUGGCGAAAUAUUGCUCGGACCCGGAGGAGAAAUCCUGCUUCAUGGAGUUGCUGCAUGGAGGUGCAAAGGCAAAUGACGAGGAUGGAGCACGAAGCAUGACAGCAGCAGCAGCAGCAUCUCCAACGCCAUCCCUUACUUCUGCCUCCUCCUCCUCCUUCUCUUCCUCCUCUCAUUAUCGCACUGUGCUGGAUUACCUGAACAGGUUCCCCAGUUGCUGCUGUAUGCCGGUGGGGCAUUUUUUGGAGAUGAUGCCGCGGAUGCAGCCACGCUUCUAUUCGAUUGCGUCCGACAUGCUGACACACCCCACCACAGUGGAGGCAUUUAUUCGUGUCCUUCCCGAUGGAUUGAACUCGCGCUACCUUGAACGCAUUGCUGCCGGGGAAAAGAUUACGGCGUUUAUCCGCAAAUCAACAUUUCACCUUCCCGCAAAAUGCGGUGAGCGGCCGGUGCUGAUGAUAGGUGUUGGUACCGGCAUUGCGUCUAUGGUGGGCUUCUGUUACCGGCGAGAGGCAUUGCGAAGGAAGCAGCCAGCUGCUGCAUGUGGGCCGAUGAUUCUUUUCUUUGGGGCGCAGCGGCGUGCGACGGAGUAUUUUGUCAAGCAGGAGUUGCAGGGUUGGUGCCUCCAUGGCGAGGGAACACUUCAGGCCGCCGACGCGUCCCCUUCCUCGUUACUUUAUCUGCUUGACGUCGCGUUUAGUCGCGACCAGCCCGAAAAGUACUACGUGACGCAUCUUGUCGAGAAACACAAGGAACACCUCAGGCAGCUGCUCACCUCGACGUCGAGGGGCGGCUGCCUCAUUUACCUCUCAGGGGACGCCGCCCGCGUGGCGAGGAGCGUGGACCAGGCCUUGGUGAGGCUCCUGCAGGGCGCCGGCAUGACGCGACCUGCGGCGACAAGUUUUUUGCAAAAAAUGGAGCAGGAGCGUAGGUACAUGAAGGACGUCUACUGA